CGAUACCGAAUUUUGUAAUGGCCCACUAAACAACAUUUUAUUUAUUUAUUUAACUAAAAAUCAUCAGUAUGAAUGACUUUGCAACUUUAGAAAAAACUAUAGUACGUGAACUGUCGUGUCGACUGUGUCUGUGCACCGAUGUAUCAAAAUUAAAACCGCUUAAUGCCGAAAUAAAACGCAAACUGAAAAGACUUUUCAAUAUUACUAUUCACACAGACGACAACCUUCCCAAGGCAAUAUGCCACGAUUGCUUACAACAAGUAGCCGUUUUACACCUUUACGCUGUGAAAGUAGACAAAACACAAAAGUUUUUGGAGUUCCAUAACAUUAAGAGUAACGCAAUCAAACGAGAGCAACACUCUUCAGAGAAGCUUCACCCUAUAAUUGCAGCAAUUUCAGAUCAUAAAGCACCUAGUACAAAGCACAACGAUAGUUUAAAACAGGCACCUAAUAAACCAAAUAUGCCAGCAAAAGAAUUUCAACAAGGAGACGCGAAAUCCCCAAAAGCACAAAAAAGAAAAUCUGCCGCAGAAAGGAAAUUCUUAGAAGUUAUGCCUUUAGAUGAGUUCGCAAUAACCGAAAGCGUGGACAAAUCUCUACUAAACAGUUCAACGUCAAGUAACAAAUCGCCUCAAAUAAUAGGAAGAGACAAAAAUAAAAACGUUGGUCUGGUAAAUGAUGUGUUGGACCCUAUUGUGCUGAUAGAUGGACGUCCAGCCAAACAGGGCGCAGCUUUAGAUAAACAGAUAACUCUGUUUUACAAAAUGGAAUGCUGCAUUUGUCAUGGGCAAGGAUUUCACUUUAGGUCACUAAUGAAGCAUUACAAGGAUAGACACGGCGUUCCUGGCUAUGUCACUUGCUGCGACAAAAAGUUCCACUACUUCUAUCCAAAAAAGAUUAUUGAGCAUAUGGCUUAUCAUCUACAACCGAACAUUUUUAUGUGUCGCAGUUGUCAUCACAAUUUCCAAACAUCGCAACAACUUUUAGACCAUCAGAGCAACGGAGGGAGGUCAGAGGGUAAGAUCGCCUGUCCGCGUUGUACAGAACGCUAUCCCACCUACCAAGAACUGGGAUGGCAUAUAAUAACACAUCGCUCCGACAAACUUCAGUGCGAUUAUUGCGGAAAAUUGUUGAAACAUCACCAUCGCAAGAAAACAGUAAACCACAUGGAGGAUGUGGUACUUUGCUCACAAUGUGUACGGACUUUGAAAAAUUUAGAAAAACAAGAAAAAGAAACUAAAGAAAAGGUUAAAGCAAAGAACAGUGACGCUGUAACUCAACAAAAGUAUCAGAAAUUUCGUCUAGCGAUGGGACUGUCGGCGGAUGAAGAUGCUUCGACAGACUAAAUAAAAAUGAAAAUGUUUAAAAAAUAGCAAUCAAAGAAAAAAUUGUA